AUGCUGUGUCUCGAUAUGCGUUUGAUGCAACGUUUGCGUGGCGAACGGACGGUGGAAGACGAAGCAGCCAAAGACCGGGACAGAUCUAAAAGUGUUUGUGUUACUUCGUUCAGGAGCAAACCGCCCAGGGACGUCAGUGCUUUCAAAUUGUUCCACAGAAGGGCCAGCAGCGCGAUUUCGACUGCUAGCGAUCUCAUAUCCAGACGAGGCGUUUUUUCGAGGAGAUAUUACGGAUCCGUCGAGCAGUUACAGCAACCUGAAGUAGACGGGCAAGAGCACUGUAGGAGAUUUAGAAUAGAAAAUGGAGAUUCACCGGGCGAAAAAGACGAGAUGUUCGGGUCGCCGAGCACGCCCGUGCUCGAAAAUCCCGAGUAUCAGACCCGAUGGUACUUCAAGUAUUUCCUCGGCAAACUGCAUCAGAAUUACGUGGGACUGGAUAACGACAAAUCACCGUUUUUUCUUAGCAUAGUUUUGAAUGAAGAUUCGAAUACCUGUGUGCCUCUGUGUAGGGCGAUUUUAUUCAAAAAAACCGGAACGCAGAAAAUAUCGUUACCUGUGUCGCAGAGUAAAGUGUUGACAGUGAAACAAAUCAUGUCGAACUUUCCCAAUAUGGAUAGAGUUGAAAAAGGACCAAAGGAAAUAUUUUCGCCUGAUAUUCAAAAAGACUUAUUACUGUUAGAAGAGCAAGAGGGAUCAGUGAAUUUCAAAUUCGGCGUUGUCUACAUGAAACAGGGUCAAACCAGCGACGACGACAUUUUGAGCAAUGAGUACGGGAGCUACCGAUUCGAGCAAUUCCUGUCGCUCCUGGGGGAUAAAAUCAAAUUACGCGGAUGGGACAAGUACAGAGGCGGACUCGACAUUAAAGGCGACAUGACCGGAAAGUUCUCCGUGUACACGAUCUACGAAGGGCACGAAAUCAUGUUCCACGUAUCGACGUUGUUACCGUAUUCCCGAGACAAUCGCCAACAGGUAGAACGGAAAAGGCACAUCGGAAAUGACAUAGUGAACAUUGUGUUCAUCGACGCCGAGACCGAUUCGGAAGCGGCGCAUGCGCAAUUCAACCCGACCUGCAUCAAAUCGCAAUUUACACAUAUAUUCGCCGUGGUGACGAUGGACAACGACAACGAGUACAGACUGUCGGUGUUCUCGGACGAGUGCGUGCCGCUGUUCGGGCCGGGCCUGCCCUGCCCGCCGGUCUUCAAAGAUCCCUACCUGUUCAGGGAGUUUCUCUUAGUGAAAUUAAUAAACGGCGAAAAGGCGACGUUCGAGACGCCCACGUUCUCCAGGAAACGCCAGCGGACGCUCGACAUGCUGAUCAAAGACCUCUACUCCGAGCACAUGAUCGACGGCAGGAUGGCGAUGCUGAAUCGCCGGGCGUUCUCCGACGUGCUGGCCGAAACGCCGCGCCAUUCGCGCCUGAAGGAGGAUUCCCGCCAGAUCGAAUUCGUGCGGAUCGGACAGGCUCUGAAGCUGGAGGCCAUCGUCAGAGGGGACGCCCCGACGAGCCUGGCGUCGGCCGGCUGCAGCACCGGCACGGUGUUCAAACGGUCCCCCUGGGAAGCCCAUUGCUUCUACCCGGUGUUCCCCUGCCAGAGCAUCGUCUGCGCCGAUUCCUGGGGCGAUAACAGAUUAGUAAUCGGCUCCGAGGAGGGGGUGUACAUCGUAGUGGACGGGAGUUACCACCGGAUGAUCUUCGAUAAGUCGCUGCAGGUGCGCCAGCUGAGCGUGGUGGAGCCCCACGGGAUAUUCCUGAUGCGGUGCGGGCACAGCAACAAAGAGGGUAAAGUUUACGUUUUUAGAUUAUCGCAGAUCGAGGAUUUGACGGACGCGAAGUCGCGCGUUAACGUGAAGGAUCACCGGCUGGAGAGGACCAGAGGGACGAACCUCUACGCCCUAUCCCGACCAGGCGGAUCGAAGCUGCGUAUGUGCGUCAUAAUCGGCAAAAAGCUGCUGAUGUUUCAAUGGAAGCAUUCCGCAGCUUGGACUGCUUGGUGCCCAUCCAGCGACACUGACACCGUAGACGGCUUCACGUUUCAAUGGGAACUGAACAUGAACGAAACCCCGACGAUGGUGACGAUUUUGGACAGCGGCUGGAGCCCCAGCUCGCCCACCCACGGCGACACCCUCGUCUGCGUGGGUUACAAAAACCACUGGGACAUCGUGAACGGCAGGACCGGAUUAGCGCAGCAUUUGCACACCGUCGACUGCGCCAAGGCCAAUUUGGUGGCCGCUCUCGAUCUGUACGAGGACCAAGAGAUACAAUUGUUGCUCUGCUACAAUCAUACCUGUCACUUUCAGAAGAUCAACGAGGAAAGUUCGACGAGCAAUUUCGAUUUCCAUUGGAACUCCGUUCCGUCUGAUAUAGUUUGCGCGUUUCCUUACGUGAUCGCUUUCACUCAAAACAGCAUGGAGAUCCGUUUGAUAGUAAACGGGAAUCUGAUACACACGAUGACGAUGCCCAAACUGCAGCUGAUCGCCUCCAAAAACGACAUUUUCUUCGCCACCACCGCGCCGGAAUUCUUCCCGAACAAAACCGACAGGUUGUUCGUUGAAAUGAAGCAGCAGGACGUGCAGAAGCACUCGCCUCCUCCGAGUCCUAACGCGUCUCCUGAGGUGAAACCGUUGCGUAUUUAUCGGAUACCGAUUCACACGCUGAGCCGGAACGAUCACUGCAUAAAUACCUGCUCGCCGCCGACGUGGAAAUCGACUGAAGCUAAAUUGAGUGUGCCUGAUCAGCCGAGAGUGUCCAGAAGCGCCACAAGUUCGCCCGUGCCGCCCAAGGGGAAGUUAAUCCAAGGCGCGAUUAAAUAG